UCACUUAUCUAAGAUAACUUCCUAUGGUGUGUUUUCAUGUGACGUCAAGCGGCCAUGUUGGAUAGGCAACUUCAAAGGGCUGACGCUCAACAGAGCUUGAAAUCCACAUAAAUCCCAUCAACUAUAUGGGUUUUUCUACCAACAUUGCCUACUUAGGUGACAGUGAAACACUCUAUAUGUAUGAACCUUCACGACUCACAAAGUUCGUAUAUAAUCCGAGUAAUGAGUUUUGGCGUUGGAAAUGAAUGCUGAAUGGAAUGGCCAAUGAAAACGCGAGAAUGGUAACGUCAUUUCCAUAACCUUGGCGCCCUUUGUCUUGUUGUGUAUUUUGAUUGGCUGACGAGUUGACCUAACCAAUCAUCGUGUAAGAGCGGGCGUGUCGAGUGAUAAAUUAACAUUUAAUAGGAUGUCAGUCAACGCGACGUUUGCCAAUCAAAAGUCUUAAUCAUCACACGCGGUGUAACACGUUGUGUUUCGCACCGCAUCUCGUCAGCUUAUUUCACCUCAUUGAAUAAAGAACACUUGAGAGACAGUGAAAAUGGCGGCGUCGGCUAGUCAUGCACCUAAUACAUAUGCAACAACAGUGAUUACAUCCUCGGCUGCUGAACAUCAAACUCGCAUGAGCUCUCCACCGACAUCCAUGGGCCCUUCGACAACAAUCACAUACAUACGUGAGGAGAGUAAAUCCUACGAAAGUCUCAGUCCACAAACACAUUCUCCACAAAUGAUUGAAAGUAGAAUAACUCCUAAUCUUACUACGCUUACUACGCCAAAUACAACAUUAAUAACUCCACAGCAAUGGGUUGUUACGGAUCAACAAGGGAAUUCAAUUGGAUGGCCAACGUCUGUUCCACCGAGUACUUCGGGCGAUAUGAAACCUAUCAUUCGGGAAGAUGGGAGUAUUAUAACUUCAAGUUCAGCAUUGCAGCAGCAAAAUCCUCGUGCCCUGGCAAAUAGCGCAAAUGUUAUUAUUGAUCCAGCACGAUGGACUACCAUCACUCAUUCACCUAUGGCUCCGGUAGAGCACACACGAAUUCAGAUAAAUCCAUCAAUCCUAUCACCUCAUGUAAACUUUGCGACGUUGAACGGCAAUGUACAGCAAACGACUUUGCAACUUCCCACUCAUCCUGGUUCGCCUCAGAUUCGUGAUCAAACGGCUCAACUAACUGUUGUUCCUGUCACCCAAGCAGGCCUACCUCAGGGAAUGGUAGCCGAUUCAGAAAGUCCAAUGUCUUUGGACAACACACCGACUUCUGAUGACCUGGAACGUUUUGCGAAAAUGUUCAAACAACGACGUAUUAAGCUUGGUUUUACUCAAGCCGAUGUUGGCUUGGCUUUGGGCACAUUGUUUGGAAAUGUAUUCAGUCAAACGACCAUUUGUCGAUUCGAAGCUCUUCAGCUAAGCUUCAAAAAUAUGUGCAAAUUGAAGCCUCUUCUACAGCAAUGGCUUCAAGAAGCUGACAACACAACUGGGGCUCCGACAACGACAGAUAAAAUCGCAGCGACUGGCCGUAAACGCAAGAAGCGUACGAGUAUCGAUGUUCAGGUGAAGGGAGCAUUGGAAAAUCAUUUUUGUAAGCAGUCAAAGCCAAAUGCGAACGAGAUUCAACAAUUAGCUAUGAAUUUACAAUUGGAUAAAGAGGUUGUUCGAGUGUGGUUCUGCAAUCGAAGGCAGAAAGAAAAACGAAUGACAUCGGCGGUUGUUCGUCCCGAAGAUGCAGUCAGUGUCCUUCAUUCGCCUCAAGGUGCGAUAAUGGCGCAUCAUCAGAUGUCUGUGCCAAACACUGUUUAAAAUCGUACAUAUGCUGUACUUUUUAUGAAGUCUUAUGUUCAAAAGAGCCAUCCCAUUGUGGCGAAAAAAUUGGCACUUUUAACUAGAAUUAGAACGAACUUUCAUCAUUCUAAUUUUGUCGGGAGAAGCAUUUUAAUACAGCAAAGUAUUCAAUUUCAAUGUAGUCUUCAGAACUUUAUGCCUUUAACUGAAGCUUAAAAUCUUGUAAAUAAUAUGUAUUACAGUUCAUGCAGAACAAUGUUAACCUUUACUUGUGACUUGUUUUUAUUGUUGAGCUAUGUAACUUGGAGUUUGUGUCUAUAGAAUUAUGCAUUGGCGAAUUAAAAGGCAACGUCUUAAGUAAAUGAAAAGACGACAACUUGUACAUAUAUUUAAACGCAGUAAGAUAAUUUCAAAUUUAUUUGUUUUCUUCAUUUCUUUGGCUUGUAUUCCUUUAAUUUGUAACUGUUUAUUCGGUACAAUAAAUGAAUUCUGCGUUA